GAAGGAGUGAUCAUCCUUUUGUUGCGGUCGUAGGACACACAGUGGUCAGGUCCUACCUGUUGUUUGCCUUCACCUGAAUCUUCUCUCGAUAUCGAAGGAUGGAGGUUCAGAAGGUCAACGGCACUUCCGCACACAAGCGCAAAUCGCAAACCAAAGACGAUAUGCUCUCAACCUCACCGGUGGCCAGUGAAUUAAAAAAUUCCCGGAAGAGUUCUUCGCCGCUGAGAUUGCAGAAUGGAUACAAAGAGAGCAACGGAUCUGCACACUCCGGGGAUACAACUGAAGAGGAGGACAACGUCGAUGUGAGGAUGGAGAGUGAUUCACCACUGCGGUCGUCCCCAACCAUGAUGGCUCUCGACAACGGCAAGCACGGCCUCGAACAAAUCGUUGAUUUGCAGCCGGACCUCAAAAAGUGUCGAACAAAUGGCGGUAACCUUUCGAAAGGGGAAGGAGUGUUAGCCAGCAGUCGAGUGAAGCUCGAGGAGGAUUUUUUGUCGGAGGACCUCAAGUUGUUUGAAGAAAAAAUGCGGAGAAUCACAGAAUUGAAGAUGCGUUUGCGGAACGAGGAAAUGAAGCUGGUACUGUUACGGAGAAUACAACAGAGUCAGCUGUUGCCACCACCGGUCGCCACGAGUCCGUCGAUCUCGAACAACAAGGAGAACAAGGAAAAGUCGCGGCCAACGUCACCGGCAACGUCCGAAAUUCUUCAGCUUACGAACAAGAGUUCGAGUGCACCUCUAGUUGAUAAGAAGCGUUGCGUGACGCCUAGUCAAACGCAAGAGCGAAGACACAGCGCUGCAAAUACAGCCAAUGCGGCAAUGUUAGCGGGUACGGCGGGUAGCACCAACGGCUCAGUGAAACAUCAAGAUCUGCAGAUAUCUCGUCAACAGCGACAGGCAGCCGCCAAACUCGCUCUACGGAAACAGUUGGAAAAAUCUCUGUUAUCGAUACCGCCCCCGAAAGCACCGCCUCCGGAAAUGCACUUCGUGCCAAACGGUAACAGUGCCGAGUUUAUCUGUUUACUUGGGUUGGAGACCGUCGUGACGUUUCUCAAAGAAGGUUACGAGACCAAUAAGGGGCCGCCACCCGCACCAUUUGUCUGUGUUCAAUGUAAAUGCGAUUUCACACCGGUUUGGAAAUGGCAACAGCCAGACGCGUCAACGAGCAAAAACAAGCCUAAAUUAAAUGGACCGUCGGUGAUCUGCGAGAGCUGCGUGUCCCACAACAUGAAGAAAGCGCUCAAGGCCGAACACACGAAUCGGUUGAAAGCCGCCUUCGUCAAGGCUCUUCAGCAGGAGCAGGAACUCGAGGCUCAAAUGGCGAUGGGCGUGUCUCCUCCACCGAGUUUACGCUCCCCGUCGCCUUCACCGAAACCAAGUCUGAGCCAGUUACAACAACAACAACACCAGCAACACCAGCAGCAACACCAGCAACAACAACAGCAGCAGCAGCAACAACAACAACAACAACAACAGCAGCAGCAGCAGCAAGCGAUCUCUCUACAGAACUCUUCGGUCGGCCAUCGAACUUCUUCACCUUCAGCGAGCGCAGCCUCGCUACACGCAGCCGUGAACGCCGCGGCUGCCGCGCACUCGAACAGUUCCUCGUCGUCGAGGCAUCAUUCUUCUUCACCGCACCAUUCUCGUUCCAAUACAUCGAAUUCUGUUGUAGAUCAGCAGAGCGCCGCAGCUGUGAUGGCUGCGGCUGCAGCAGCAUCGAUGCAAAGUUCGUUGUUAGCAGGUGGUUUGAGCGGAUUGAUGGGCUUGGGUGUUGGAGCGAAUCCACAACAAGCCAGUUCGAGCCGAGGAAAAGGAAAAUCCAAAGGUUCGUCAUCAGCAUCGUCAGCUGCGGCAGCGGCUUCACAAAACUCGAUCGCGUCGCAACUGUCAAAACUCUCGGUGUCACAACAACAUCAAGCCCUUGUGCAGGCGCAGGCGCAACAGUUCCUUCAGCAAUUCAUGGCCGCAGCUGCUGUGGCGAGUCACAAUUCACGCGGUUCGGGGAGCGGUCAGCACCAUCAGCAGCAACAGCAUCAGGCACAGCAUCUGCAGCAGCAGCUCCAACAACAACAGCACCAACAACAGCAACAGGCUGCAGCUGCUGCAGCCCUGAUGAAUCCUCUGAUCUUACAGGCGUAUUCGCUAUCGUUAUUACAAGGAGCUAAUCCCUCCUUGAUGGGAUCCGGAGCUGCGGGGGCUUCGACGUCGGCUGCGGCGUCUUCGAGUGGUAACUCGACCGGUUCAGGCAAUAGCGGGGCGAAUUCGAAGAGUACGAGCGCUGCCGACCUACAGAGACAGUACCUACUCGACAUGAUUCCCCCGUCGUCGAGAAGCUCUUCUUGGAAGUAGCGACAUUCAUAGAUACAAAAGAACAACUCUGACACAUCGAUUGGAUGAAGAACGGCGGUUGCGAGAGACUCGCGAGUCAUUCCCGCUGCGCUAGUGCUCAGGAAGUUCUCAGCCGAGAUUCCAGCGAAAACUCACUCAGACAGCAAAGAAUUCCAUCAGUUGUAUAGCCAUUCCCACAGAUACCAUGACUUGGUAAUUCGACCGGAGCUUCCGGUCGACGAAUCUCUCUCUUCGACGUCGACAGACGAAUAGGACCUCUCGAUCCGAUUUCCAAUCACAUGCUUGAAUUCGGAGAGAUGGACUAGUUUCUUCCUCUUUCUUCGUACUCGAUGGAUGCUUUUCUUGUGAAACUCAGACGAU